AUGGCGCCGGCGGAUGCGGGGCGCGGCGGAGCGUUGUCGCCGUUGCCUCACAAUUCACUUUCUCUUCAUCGCGACGAUACUCUGGGCGUUUCGCCGCGAGCACAGGCUGCCCACCCCGUUCUGCUGUCGUCUCUUCACUAUGCUGCGAAUCCCUCGUCUUCGUCUCCAUCCCCGGAACCGUUCCCGUCUCCCGUGCCCCCGCGGCCUUCUGUAGGUGCAGGGCGUGCAUCUGUCUCCGGUCCGUCGUCCGGAGCUCUCUGUUCAUCUACGUUGUCUCCUGUUCCCUCUUUUGUCCUCGCUGGGUCUGCAACCUCGUCCCCAGCUAUCCCUCCUGUCUCCUGCGCCCCUUCCUGCUUGCCUCCUGCUUACGGCUUCGCUGUUCCUCCAGUCUCGUUGUCUCUGUCGCAGUUGCGGUCGCUUUUUCUUCCGCUGGCUUCCCCGAUGUCUCGGGUUUUUCCGCGCUCACAGGCGUCAGGCGACGUGUCUCCGGCCCCCCCUGCGCCAGUGCCCUUUGUGUCGUCCUCUGCUCCCUUUUCUGCUCCUUCGUCCUCGCCCUCUCCUCCCUCAGCGCCCCAGUCUGCAUCUGCGCCGUCUCCGUCUCCGCCUGCGGCUCCCCGGCCGAAGAGCAACUCGGGCUCUUUGCGGUACUUCCCUGCGUUUCCGGUCCACCGCUGUCGGGGCGUCUCGCUCACGUCGCCGACGACGGGCGACAAAGUCUGUUUCGGGCACUUUGAGGAGGGCGCAGGAAUCCUGUUGGUCGCGCCGGAGGUGCUGGACACACUCGCCUUGUCUUCGCGCUCGCCCUUCUUCGAUGGUUUCAUUCUGCGGCAGCUCUCGCCAAAGGUCUUCUACGACGAGGUGAAGCGCGAGCUCUCCGCCUACCUCGCCGCUGCGGCGAAGCUAGGCCAGCAGCCCGCAGGCCUCGAGGGCCAACACUCCCAGGACAAGAAGGCCCGCGAGAAGGCGCGGUGGGAGCGCGCCGCCGGGGGAGAUGGCGAGGCCGAGCGAGGGGGGGAACCGCCCCGGGGGCGCGACCCCGAGUCGGAGCAAGACGAGCAGGCUGAGGGCCUCCUCGGAAAGGAGUUGGGCAGAACUCCGCCGAGAGAGGCCGCGGGCGGCGAGGAUAGACGCAAGAGUCUGGGCACCUCUGUGCCGCUCCAAGGCAAGCUCAGAGGAGCUGCUGCGAGCGCCAGCCCCUCUGUCGUCGUCGAGUCGCUCUCUGGCUGUCUAACCAGCGCCGACGAAGCAACGCCGCUGCUCACUGAGUUGGAACGAACCGGAAAGUGUUCCGUGCCCAUCCAGUUUCUCGAGUUCACCCGCGGAAAAGAAACCGACUUGAAUCUAUGCAUAGGCGACUGCUACUGGCUCGGUAUGAAGAUUCCGCUGCAAGCCUGCAACCCGUUUCUUGUGUCGCGUAACGAAGGCAUUCUCGAGUACUUCACGGCGCCGCCCAGCUCUCAGGCGCCUCAUCCUUCGACCUCGUGGUCGCAGGAGGCUGAGGACGAGAGGAGACAGAGGGCGAGGGGCGGCCGAGGCGAACACGCAGGACGGGCGCCAGGGCGACAACCUGGAGCGGGGAGACCCAUGGAGGAGGAAGAUGGGCAGGACGACGACGAGCUGUGGGACUACCGCGCAGCGCUCGAGGAAGUCAGCAAGCACAUGCUGGAGAAGUGCAAACGCGCUGCAGAAGUACUGCCGGAAACGGUUUCUUCGGUGGCGAACAAGGUUCAGGGAAGUCUUCCACGUUCAACAGAUGCGGCGCUCGAGAAGGCUAAACAGUGCGCAGAUUCCGCGCAAAGAAGUUUGGGCCGCCUGGCGGAGCACGCCAGACAAGUUGGAGGAAGCUUGCGGACGACGAUUAGGGAGAUAUGGAAUAGUUGGAAAGGCUCGUCGGAUGGAGGGGGAGCCGCUGGCGGGGCUCCGACCCAAGGCCCGUCUUGA